CGAUAGAGUGUGCGCUUAUUUGAUUUUUUAAGCAUUAAUUUUGAAAAGCUUGCAACAGUCUCUUAGUCUACAUUAACAGCGCUUGAUGCUUGCUAUCCAGUCUGAAAGAAAUGGAGGAAGACAGCAGCAUUCACCAAAGAGUGCUUGUGCUAAGAGACGUGGCUCUGGGAGUCAAUAAAAACUCAAAGCUGAACCCCAAUCUUACCCCUGCCUGUUUUGACAGUAUAGUAGACUCACUAUUGGCCCUGCAUGAGGAGUGCAGCCAAGCUACAGGACUCAGCAAGAAUACAAAUGUUACAAAUUUUCUAGGGAAAUACAAAGGAACUGUUGAGGCACUCAGGCAGCUGAGAAUCAUGGCAAGUGACUUUGAAGUCAGGGGGAUCAUUGGAAGGGGGCAUUUUGGAGAGGUUCAGGUGGUGCAGGAGAAGAGCACAAAGGAGGUGUAUGCUAUGAAGAUUAUGAAGAAGGCACAUAUAUUGCAACAAGCUGAUUCUGCGUGCUUUAGUGAGGAGCGUGACAUCAUGGCCUGGGCCACCUCUCCGUGGCUUACCCGUCUACACUAUGCUUUCCAGGACGUGUCUUCUCUGUACCUGGUGAUGGACUACCACCCAGGGGGAGACCUUCUCACUAUCAUGGAGCGUAUGGAUGGGGGAAUGAGUGAGAAUGAGGCAAGGUUCUACUUGUCGGAGUUAGGGGCAGCACUAAACGACCUCCAUCAGCUAGGCUUUGUUCACAGGGAUGUCAAGCCAGAGAAUGUUCUCAUCUCUCACUCAGGUCACAUCAAGUUGGUGGACUUUGGCUCGGCAGCCAGACUCAAGGAGAAUGGCAAAGUGAUUGACUCUCGCCUCCCUGUGGGCACUCCGGAGUACAUAGCCCCUGAGGUACUGACCAGUCUGGACAAGACGGGAGACUAUGGGGUGGCCUGUGACUGGUGGUCUUUGGGGAUCAUCGCCUACGAGCUGCUUUAUGUCUCCACACCAUUUGAGGGGGACUCCACCACUGUCACCUAUGGCAACAUCAUGAAUUAUAAGGACAGUUUGAGUUUCCCUGAUGAUGUGAGCACCAGUGGUGAGUUCCAGGCCCUAGUAAAGAGCCUUCUCAUUGACCCUGACGAGAGGCUUUCCUACAGUCAGCUCAAAAAACACCAGUUCUUCAAUUCUGUUGACUGGGAUCAUCUACUAGCAGCUCUGCCUCCCUACGUCCCAUCUAUCACAAGCCCUGAUGACAUCUCAAACUUUGACACGUUUGAACCACAGAAAGAGAAUCUCUCCGCCACUUUUCAGUCUAAAACUCUACGAGAGUUCUCAGGAAAGAGUCUCCCAUUUGUAGGGUUCACAUUUACCAGAGUCAAUCACACCCAACUCGACUUCACUGACAGUCAGUCAGAGCCACCAGUAUCCGUGAGUGAGGUGACUAACCAGCGGUUAGAGGGAACCCAGGGGGAGUUGAUAGAGCUCAAGGAGAGGAACAGGAGCCUGGAGAAGGAGUGUGUCAUCUAUCAGAGUCAGCUCAAGGACUACCACCAGCAGCUAGAGCGGGAAAGAGUUGACAGGAGACUAAGUGACGCUAGAGCUAUGAAGCUCUUAGAAGAGGUCAAAGUACAUAGUGAGACCCUGAGGGAACUGAGGAAAGAAGAACUAAGUGACAAGGAGGUGGAGCUAGGGCUUGUGGUGUCCCAGUUGGAGCAGGACAGACAGGUAGUCUCCAACAAAGUGAGGCGACUACAGUCUGAGCUGGAGAAUUCGGGAACAGAGAGGGAUGUGGCCGUGAAGGUGGCCGUGGAACUCAAGGCAAAGUUCAAAGCACUCAAGGAGAGCUCAAAGAAGGACAUCUCAAAGUUGCAGUCAAGGCUUCAUCAGAUGAACAAGGACUCAUCGCAAGCAGUCAGUCUCCAUGACAAACUAACUGAUGCUGUCGAAAAGUAUGUAACAGCCAACAAGAAACUGAAAGCAAUGGAGGAAGUUGAGAAGAAACGAAGUAUGAAGAUGCUGAAGUUGGAGGCUUCUGUUUCCAGUCGUAGAGAAGAGGCUGAAAGGCUGAGAGCCCAAUUGGAGACUUUGACUAGUGAGCACCUUGAGCAUAGCAGGGCACUGGAGAUUAGGGUAGAGGCUAUGAGCAGUGAGAAGAGUGGAGCUCUGCAACGGGUCGACCAGCUCAAGCUCACCAACCAGGAGCUAACGGCUGAGCUGAUGAAGGCCAAUUCAAAUGUACAUACCGUGAAGGUGAAGUCUAAAACAGAGGGGGGCAAUAGUCUUGCUGGUGAAGUGAGAAGUUUGCAACAUAAACUCAGUGACACAGGGGAGACGGCUAUCAAGCAGAGUGAGCGACUAAGAGAGGUGAGAGCUGAGAAACGAACACUGGACCUGGAGUACUCGCAGCUCAAAAUACGUCUGAACAAGGCUGAGGCUGACAUGGACAAACUGAGAAAACAGGUAGAAGCCAAAAACAAGAGACUGAGCAUCCUGAAACAGCUAGAGACAAAACUUGCUGAAACUGAAGCAGAGUUGUCCUCUCUACAAGAAUCAGACAAGGCACUGGAUGUGGAGUUGGAGGUUGUCAAGGGUGAGAGAGAUCGUCUGAUGACAGAGAGGGGCCAAAUGAAGGUUGAGCUGCAGAGUGUCUCUGAUAAGCUGGCCACAGAGGAACUGACCCAUGCCCUGCUCCAGAGGAAGGUGAAGCUACUGGAGGAAGAGGUGGCUGAUAGUAAGACAACUGCAGAGGAGCUCACAGCUGCCCAGGAUAAGUGGAAGACCCACAAGGCGACACUGAUCAGUGAUUUAGAGACUGCUGAGGCCAGACUGGACAAUCACCUUACCACCAUGGACAGGGUCAAAAAUGCGAAGAUUGUUGCCGAGAAGAAGCAGGCAGAGUUGCUAGCCCAGCUGGAGGGGACUCAGACCUCACACAGUGAAGAGAUAAGCGAGUAUAAGGAGCAGCUUGACUCCCAAAAACAACUGGUUGCUACAUUAGACCAAAAGGUGUUGACGGUAGAGAAGGAGUUUCAGCUCACUGAGCUCACUCUGAGGGAGACCAAAAAAGACCUCGACACUGAGAAGGCUUGCUAUUCGAAGACCUACGAAGACCUGUACACUCUACACCGUGACUAUCGUGUGCUCAAGGCAGCCUACAACAAACUGUGUAGAGAGAGUGAAGAACAGAAAAGUGAGCUGACCCUCACCACAGAGGUGAGAGAUCGCAUGCUGAGUGAGCAAAGGUCGGCAGCUGACGCCCAUCAGCUGCAGGAGACACGAAUGCAAUCCACCAUUGAGCAGCAGAGCAAGCUCAUUGACUACCUGCAGGGGGUGGGAGUUUCUCCUCGAUCCACCGGGCUCAGCAAACUAGCAAAGAGCCUCAGGUUCGGCCGUAAAGGCAGAGACCCAGCGAAGGAGAUAGCAGAGUGGAAUAAACUCAAAAAGUUUAUCGGCAAACCACAGAAAGGUAUCAACAUGUCUCAGAGCUCUGCCUCAUCUCAAGAGCUCUCGCUGAGUGCCACCUCCUUCUCCCCUCCUGAAGUCAUUACCUCACUAGAUACUCCUCUCACUAGGUCCUCUAGGAAAUCAAGACAUCCAAAAAGUGCUGCAUCGCCACAAUUUGCCAAACUUGAUAAAUCAACUGUUUUAAAGUUUCCUGUAACAAGUCUCGCUAAGGACAGUAAACAGGCAACGAAUGAAGGUCUUGAUUCUGGAGCAGACACUUCAGAAAUGAAUGUCUCCAUGGAAGUGGCUAAAGAAAAUGUUUCAGGUGCUGUUAAAUUCACUGGAAAGAAACGUAAACGCCAAACGUCAGCAGGCGUUGAGAGUGAUUGUAAAGAGCCCGCAGAGAAAAUAAGGAGUAUUCGUCACAACAUCCCACACAACUUCCAGCUCCGUAAGACUGGAAUUCACAAGACAUACAAAUGUGUCGGAUGCAAAGAGCCGAUAAAAAAACUACAGCGUUAUGCUAAGUGUUCAUAUUGUCACAUUGUUUGUCACCCAUCCUGUAUGGAAGGCUUCCCUAAUGACUGUGGGCUGCCUGCUGAGCUCGCUGCACACACCCUCCCUAAACAUACCUCCUCUGAUAAACCACCGACACAGGAAGACAGAGAAAUUACGCAAAAUGAACUUAAUGAGUCAGAAAUUUCUAGUACUAACCAACUUUUUACAGGACAAGACCAAGUGGUAGCUUCUACCCCCAUCCUUGAGCCAUUAUCAUUUAGAGCGACGCCAACUGUGGUAAAAUCUGAACGGCUAGCCUUACUAAGGGGCAGCCUUAAAACUCUUGGAUGGCUUCUAUUAAAGAAAGACUCUCUUCAUUUUUAUGAUAGAAAUCCUGAUCACAGUGUCACUAGGAAACCUCUCUGCUCAUUCGACUUCACCUCCUCCGACAGUGUAUAUCACAUCCUCACUGCAAUCACUGAGAGAAACGAACUCUUUCGAUACUCCGAGAAGCAGCUCACCUGUGCUUUCGGUCUAAGGAAGUACUCUAAUAACAAUCUAGAUCAACAAAAAGUGAUAUUUCUGGCUCCUUCACUUCAGAAUAAAAUAGAGUGGGUAGAAGCAAUUGGUGAAGUGUUGUCAGCCCUCACUUUGAUACGGGAGCAGCUAGUGUACGGCGAUGCUGACGAUGGGAAAGUUGUGGUCACCAAGAGGAGGUCACUCAAGGCUGUCUCCAUUGUCCCGUUUGUGAAGACUUCUCGUCGGAGUGGAGAUGGAGUGUCAGUUGGUGGCAGUGAACUGGAUAUGUCCAUUCGAUCAUCUAUGUUGAACGAUAGUGAACCUAGUUUAGAAAGUGUUGUGUAACCAUAAUAAUUAUUAUACUAGCUGGUAACACGCACGUGUUUAUCCCUUCUCAUAGUACUAUACGACAUUACGUGUGUGUUCAAUCGAUCUUGUCACUAGCAUUUAAUACCAUGACUGUACUGUUACAUGUACCUAUAUAUUACAAUGUAAAAACGAAAAUACUAAUUUUAUGUUCUCCCUCAGG